AUGGCUCCAAUUAUCGAACAGCUGCCUAACGAGCCCUUAUUUCAUCAUCUAUUACACUCCUUUACGACCCAUCCUCACCAUGUUCUGGUUCAUGAUCCCAAGAAUGGUGUGGAAGCCGACUGCAGCCAGCUCCUAACAGAUAUACUUCACAUGCGCCACCAAAUCUUCCAAGCAUUGCCCGCAUCGUCGUUUGACUCCCAGCGGAGAAUCAACCAGGAAAACCUAUUCGUAAUCGUCCUCGCUCCCGGUAACUAUGACUACAUCGUGGCGGCCUUCGCUACACUCGCAUGUGGAGGGGCUUUUGCUCCCAUCUCUAGUACGUUAGCCCCAGAAGAGGCCUGCCAUCUUCUGGAAACUACCAAUGCAUCAUGCAUGCUCGUUUCAACCCAGUUCGAGUCCCAGGGCGCCCAGAUCGGGCAUUAUUAUGCCGCGCGCCACAAGUCUCAGCCACCUGUCGCCAUCAUCCCGAUUGCAGUCAACAAUGCCCCGGCGGCGCCAAAGCCGCAGAUCCGGAUUAAUCCUGCAAUGACGCUGGACCCGACAAGCCCUGGGGUCCUCAUCUUCACGUCCGGAACGACCGGCCCUCCCAAGGGCGUGGUGCGGCCCCGACGUGUUUGGUAUACUAGCCCGCCACGCUUUCCUAACAAUCAUGUCGUGUUGGCUUUCCGGUCUCCGCAUUGGGUCGGUGUAGCCAUGCGUCUGAUAUGGCAGGUCUUGGCCGGGGCGCGCGCCGAGGUUAUCGAAAAUGAUCCGCGUGCGAUAUGGGAAUCGUUUUCCACAGGCCGCGUGUCCCGGUUCAGUGCUCCUCCGCGAACUUAUGCCCAGCUGAUGAAAUUCUUCCAGGAGCAGAUAGAUUGCCUUCCGGUUGAGCAACGUGGUCGGUAUGUAAAGGGCGUCCGGGCGCUACAGAAUGUAACUGUUUCUGGGGGAGUCACUUGGCCUACUGUCAUGGGGUUUUGGAGAGAGCUGCUGGGUCGUCCGUUGCGAAACAUUUACAGCUCUACUGAGGUGACUGCCGCUAUUGAAACGACUGAGGACUCUGACCCGAACUUAGAGCGGUGCAUCGGAAAACCUUGUCGUGGGGUCCAAGUCAAAUUGUCUGAAGGAGACCAUGGAGAAAUCUUGCUGAAAAGCCCUACCAUGUUUACACACUAUCUCGGCAAUGAAGUAGCAACUCGAGCCGCGCUCGACGAGGAAGGAUACUACAGAUCCGGUGAUUUUGGGCAUCUAGUCGGGGAUCAGUAUGUGAUCGACGGCCGGUCUUCUACUGACUUCAUACCAUAUCGUGGUCUUCGAGUACCCGUCCAUGAAGUCGAAGCCCGUCUCAUCGAGCUCCCAUACAUUUCAGAAGCCUAUGUCGUUCCAGCCAGCUUCAAUUACAUGCGUCAAAUUGCUGCCGUAAUCCGCCCACAGACUCCAAAAACCACCGUAGCCCUAUCCCAAAUCCGAGCCGAUCUGCAAGACAAGCUGCAACGAUAUAAACUCCCGACGCUGUUGCGAACCUUGCACAAUCAUGAGCAAGUUCCAGAGACCACGUCAGGCAAGCCUUUGAGAAGGAAGAUGGAGGAGAAAUAUUUCUCUCUUCCGGAAGAACCGCCGUUGCCUGCUGGAGUCGAGUUUUGUGAUACAGACUUUGGGACAGAAGAAACUCCCCGAAAGGCGUGGGAUUGGGGUGGCAUGAUGUGAGGCCCCAAACUAUAUUUUAUAGUCUAUCAAGGUACUUUGAAAAGAUGACAGAAAUAUAUGCAUAUGUUGGUUGCUUCGGA